AUGUUUUCCUCAUAUCAGGUACCGCCGCCUUUCAUUUUUAAAUCGUUAAACCACGCUAAAACGCAUCAAAAACAAUUUGUUGUUGUUGUUGUUGUUGUUCUUCUUCUUCUUCUUCUUCUUCUUCCUCCCCCUCCUCCCUCUCCUCCUCUUUGUGUCUCCCCUGAUGUCUUUCUUUCACACAGAAUCGUAAAUAUAAGGUUCUGCUUCUUCCUUUAUUUUUACUUGCAUCUCUCUGGUCUUCUUCUUCUCUCUCUCUCUCUCUCUCUCUCUAUCUCUCUCUGUCUCUGUCUGUCUUUCUUUUUACGUUUAUUUUCUUUGAUUCUUCUCUUUCUCUCUCUCUCUCUCUCUCUCUCUCUUUCAUUCUCCACUCCCGCUUACCUUCGUCUUUUCCUUAUUUCUUCUUCUUUACUUUCUUUCAUUCUUUUCACUCUCGUUUUCUCUUAUGCUUUUCUUCUUUCUCUCUUUUUUUUUUGUCGUCUUUCCAUCUCUCUUCCUUAUCGAUUCUCGAUUUCUUUGUUUCUUAAUUUCUUUUUUUCUCCUCUUUUGUUCCCUCUUUCUUUCCUACUCUUUACUGCUUCCACUUUUCCUUUACGUUUUAUUUCCUUAUUUUUUCUUUCUUUCUUUUCUUUCUUUCUUUCUUUCUUUUCUUUUCUUUCUUUCUUUCUUUCUUUUCUUUUCUUUCUUUCUUUCUUUCUUUCUUUCUUUUCUUUUACUCUCUUUAAUUUCUUUCUUGUCUCAUUCGCUUUUCUUCUUUCUCCUUUUGGUCUUAUUUCCCUCUCUUUUUCUUUUCCCCCAUUCUAUAUCUCUUUUUUUUCUUCUUUUUUCACUCUCAUUCGCUUCCUUCUUUCUUCUUCUUUUCUUCUUUCCGUCUCAUUUCCUCUCUCUUCUAAUCCUCUCUCUCUCUCUCUCCUUUCUUUCUAUUCUUUCUUUUGCUUUCCUUCACUUUUCCUUUGCUCCUCUUUCUUUCUUUCUUUUCUAUAUUCUUUCUCUCUUUCUUUCUUUUCUGUUGUUACUCUCGUUUUUUCUUUUUCUUUUUUCUGUUCCACUUUCACUUUUAUUCGUUCUAUUUUUUUUUAUUUUCUCAUUACUUUUCUUUUUUCUUUGUUUCUUUCUUUCUUAUGUUUUCUUUCUCUUAACUUUUGCCCAUUUUUCUUUUCCUCAUUGUCUCUCCCUUUUCUCCUUCCUUUCUCCUUCUUUUUCUCUAUCUCUUUCUUUCUUUUCUUGAGUUUUCUUCCUAAUCUCCACUGCUUUACAUUAUUGAUUUUUUCUUUUGAUCCUUUUCAUUAUGUCUCUUUUUAUUUUUUCACCUUUCCACGCAUUCUCCUUUCUUUCUUUCUUUCUUUCUUUCUUUCUUUCUUUCAUUCUUUUUUAUUUCUUUCAUUCUUCUUCUUUCUUCUUUCCUUCUUUUCCUUUUUUCUUUCUUUCCUUCUUUUUCUUACUUUUUUCUUUCUUUCCUUCUUUUUCUUUUUUCUUUCUUUCCUUCUUUUUCUCUCUUUCUUUCAUUCUUUUUCUUUCUUUCAUUCUUUUUCUUUCUUUUAUCUUUUCUUCUUUUUCUUUCUUUUUUCUUUUUCUUUCUUUUUCUUUCUUUUUUCUUUCUUUUUCUUUCUUUCUUUCUUUCUUUUUCUUUCUUUCCUUUUUUCUUUCUUUCCUUUUUCUUUCUUUCUUUCCUUCUUUUUCUUUUUUCUUUCUUUUUUCUUUCUUUCUUUCCUUCUUUUUCUUUUUUCUUUCUUUUUUGUUUCUUUCGUUCCUUCUUUUUCAUUCUUUCUAUCUUUCCUUCUUUUUCUUUCUUUCUUUCUUUCUUUCUUUCAUUCUUUUUCUUUCUUUACUUCUUUUUCUUUUCUUUCUUUCUUUUUCUUUCUUUCUUUUAUUCUUUUUCUUUCUUUUUUUCUUUAUCUCUUUGUAAUUUUUCUUAUUUUUUCAUACACGUUAAAAUUAAAGCGUUCUUGCCACAUCGUAGAUCUCUAUCUUUUCUUUCGCCGUCUCUCUCUCGCUCUCUCUCUCUCACACACACACACGCACACACACAUACUCUUUUCCUCUCUUUCUAUUUUUCCAGGCUUAAUCAUAUACGUCAUACACAAUUCGCAAAUUGAACAAACCUUGCUACAGCGUAAAUCUCUCUCUCCUUCUCUCUCUCUCUCUCUCUCUCUCUCUCUCUCUCUAUCUAUCUAUCUAUCUAUCUAUCUAAUUUUUCUGGGCUUUCUCCUACACAUUAAAAUUAAAGAGGUCUUGACCCAGCGUAAAUGUUUCUCUAUUAUUCCCACGUCCUCUCUCUCUCUCCCAACCCCUCAUUUCCCCACUCUCUCUCUUUCUCUCUCUCUCUCUCUCGCUCGCUCUUAUUUCUUCACAAUCCUAUACAUCAAAAUUGAACAGGUCUCUCUACCUCUCUUUCUCUCUCUUCCAUCUAUAUAUCUAUCUAUCUCAUUUUUCGGAACUUUCUCAUACACAUUAAAAUUGAAGUGGUCUUGUCAUAACGUAAAUGUAUCUCUUUCACUCCCGCUUCCUCUCACUACCAGCCCCUCCUUCUCUCUCACUUUUCUUUUCUCUCUCUCUCUCUCUCUCUCUCUCUCUCUCUCUCUCUCUCUCUCUUUUACAAGACUUAAUCAUACACAUCAAAUUUGGACAGGUUUUCCCACAGGGAUAAUUGUCUUUUUUUUCUCUUCAUCUCUCUUUCUCUCUAUAUCUCUCUUUCUCUGUUCCUUUCUUUCUAAUUUAUCCAGACAUACUCAUAUCCAUCAAAGAUGUCUUGCCAUAAAGUAA